AUGCGAGGGGAGAUAAUUCUCAAAGCAAUGUGAUAUCUGGAAAGGUUAAAUAGAGUAACUCGGGUCACAUUUUCAUCAAAUGUAUACAUAAUAAUAAAAAAAGAAGUGCUUAAACUUUGUGAAGAUGAUCAGAAUCGGUUAUUUAUUUCAGAUGCCUCAUUGUAACAGGCCGACGUCAUUAUUACUAUUAUUAUUAAACAGAAGUAAUUUCAAACCCACCCUGACACAUAGUAACUGUUUGUUGGCCGUCCCUAACCUAAAACCAGUCUUUCCUCUCAUUCGGACGUCCCGGCUGCAUUCCGCCUGUUUCAGCCUUAACAAAGACAGCCGAAUACUAACUACAGCAGCAUCGAAAUGCACCAAUGUAAAUAUCAGGUUUGCUUCGGAGAAAAAACAGACAGACAGCGAGGACCCUGGCGAAAAAAAGGAGUUGAUGGAGGCAUGGAAAAGCCCUUACGAAGGCUUAAACUUAGGCGAAAAAGUGAAAGAAGCUAGUAAGGAUGUGACGUAUACAGGUGUUAUAAUUGUUGGAGUUGGUAUCACAGCUAUCAUGUUUUAUGCCAUUGCUAAAGAACUGUUGUCCAAAGAGAGUCCAAAUGCUGUGUUUGGAGAAGCCUUCAAGAGGUGCAAAAAUGACCCUGAGGUGCAGCAACUGUUGGGGGAACCAAUCAAAGCAUACGGAGAGGAAUCAGGCCGACGCAGAAGACGCCACGUGAGUCAUGCGGAAUUUAAAGUUGGUGAUGUGAAACACCUACGACUGAGGUUUUAUAUCGAAGGUCCAUACAGGAAAGCUACAGUCAACUUGGAGAAAAAACAGAAUGAAAAUGGCAAAUAUGAAUAUCGCUAUCUGUUUGUACAGUGUGACACGUACCCCAACCAAGUCGUGAUUCUAGAAGACAACCGAUAAACCAGCUUGUUUAGGCAGCAGAAAGAUUGCAAUGAUGGAGGUGGGCGCGUUUGUUGUUCAGGGUUAAAAGAAAAAUAAUUAAAACAAACAUAUAAAUGAAUAAAUAAUAUUAAUUUAGCCGCUAAUUGAGGUGCUUUACCCUUCUCGUUAGCAAUGUAUUCAUAAUUCUGACAGUAAAAAGAAAAUUUUUUUUGUUUUUUUUUUUAAUACAUUACUUUACCAAAAAUGCAGUUAAAUAAAAAGGGGAGUAGAUCUAAUCAGACAUUUAAUUACUGCCAGAAAUGUGGUUCCAGGAAAUUAAAAAGAUAUUCUAUUGAACAAUGAAA